AUAACCCUCACAUCAUUCUCGUCACACCAUUUAUUUGAUAUUAUUUAUAUUUUCCCAUUCAUUUAUAUUUUUGAGAAUUUGUAUUGAUAUUGUUAUGAAGUACCCAAGAGGAUGUGGUCAACUGACCAGGAUAUGUUUCAAUGAGGAAGAGAAUCACCAAAUCUGGCCAGAAAGUGACAACUAAAUUUCUCAGGAGAUUUACAAAGUCAUCAAAAUCCUUGGGAACACCUGGGGGUGAUUCGAAUGGCCCUAGUCAACGUGAUAUGCAGAAUAUCUCGUCAAAUGUAGAAAUUUCGAAAGCCCAAUUGAACGAAAUAACCCCAGACGAAGUCAUUCGUCUGCGUCAGCAGGUGAGGGAAUUAACUGAAAAAAUUACACGAGUGGAAAAUGAAAAUCAAGUGAAAGAUGUCCACCUGGAGAACCUGCGGAGCGACAACGAGAGGAUAGUCUUGGAAAUUAAAAAGCAACAGAGAUGUAAUCGUAAUUUAAAACAACAGCUGGACGAUGAGAGGUUCUUCUACGAAAAAGAGAAAGAGCAUUUCUCCCAGGAGAUGGAGAGGCACAGGAUCAAGUGCGCUGGGAGUACAUCUAAACUCCAUCUCCAGCAGUACAGGGAGUUGGAGAGGAUGCGAGAGGCAUUGCAGGAGGAAAAUAAAGAGAUCAGGGAGGAACUCUUGGUGAAAAAUCAAACGACUUAUAAUUUGUGCAUCAAGUUCCUGAGGAUGAAGGACGCGAGGGACGUGAUGAGGGUCAAAUUGGAUUGCCUACUGAGGGAUCAUCUCCACGUGAUUGCAGAGAUGAUGGAGAAGCUGGACGAGGCCAGGGAGGAGCUCAAUAUCAUUGUCGCUGAAAAAUUUCAGGACCCAUUGCCCAUCAGCAAAGCAAAAUUCCUACAGGUAGUCCAGAGAAACAGCAGACUAGUCUACGAAAACGCAACCCUCAAGGUCCACAUUCAACAGCUAACGUUGAACAUUGAAAAAUUGAAGAGCCAUUCCCAAAAACCCAAACUGAUUGACGUGGACACACGAACAAUUGCUAAAUUAAGUGUUUGCAGUAGUAAAAAGAGGAGCAAUGAACGUGGAGAUUUCGUACAACUACCUUGUAAACACGAGUCGUCGAAACUCCUGAAGAAUUCCCAGGAACCGAAGAAAUCACACAGAAUAAAAACCGAACGUAAAUGCAGUGAACCGGGUAUAAUUGCGAAAUUUAGUACCGGAAAUGCACAGAAUACUCCCAGAGGCACUGAUGAAUGCGCGGGCACUUGACAAUCAAUAACAAUAUUGUAAAAUUUUCAAUAACUUUCCAAUGAAUUGAAUUCAGUGUAGA